AUGAAGCAAUCCGAGGACAUAUUUUCUGGGAACAAGAGCGGCUUCUUAGCAUAUGGCCUUGUAAUGUUCUUCAUUCUGACCAUCGGUUUCCUUGGCAACGUUCUGACCCUUUUCGUCCUUAUACGGCCUGAACACCGUAGGCGCAACCUGACCCCUCUGAUGAUCAACCUUGCUCUAGCUGACAUAUUUAUCAUAAUUUUUGGCUACCCUUUGGUAAUCCAAGCUAAUAUCCGUGGGAACCUGCCCGAAAGCUCGCACUGCAUUUGGGGAGCAUUUGUCAAUGGUACUGUCGGCAUAGCGUGCAUUUUCACGCUGACCGAAAUGAGCGUGGUAUCUUACAUCGGACUUAAGCAAGUGAACAGGAAUUCCAGAUUUUCAGCGCGUCAAAAUGUCUACUUAAUUGGUGCGUCGUGGAUGUACGGUGGUCUAUGCAUGCUGCCGCCUCUACUGGGGUGGAAUCGUUAUGUUGUUUCUGCUUCUAGACUCAGUUGCUGUCCAGACUGGGUAGGGAGAUCUGCCGCGGAUACAGCUUACAAUCUUCUACUUGUUUUUUUCGGUUUCUUUAUUCCUAUUGUAGCCAUAGUGAUCUGCUAUUACAAAAUUUACAGGUAAGUAGCCGUUCAGUUAUAUCGUUUCUUCUGUUUACUUUGAACACAGUUACGUGCUUUGAAUCAGAAUGUGCUGCUUUGCAGGAGCCUAUCAAUAUUAACUGACAGCUUUAGAUUCGAGGGCGAUGACGACUACGACUACGAGAUUUUCUCAAUACUAAGUUGUGCAUGCGUGUGAACCAGCGUCAUUUUGGCGGGAAAACGAGAUAGCCGUCGUCAUAAUCUACUACUUGUUUUCUCGAGAAUGUCGUAGUGGCGGGAAAAAAGUAAUCAAAUGUAAGAAGUUUUAUCAUUUUGUUAUCGGGAAAGGACUAAACGUUCUCCAAUAAAUAUAACCGCACUUAUUUACAAUGAAGCUCUCCGGGCCGGACAUUUUUCAACAAUACCCGAUCGAAAAACGUUAAGUUAAAUCUCCUACUCGUCCUCAAAUCUAAAGCUUUCUAUUAAUAGGCUCCUGGAUUCUGGUGGGAGUCCGCUAAGUAGGCGCUUUAAAGUAAGGCACGCGUGUCCUCCUUCCCUGGGCGGGCCGCUAAUCUUGUGCACCUUUUAUUGACUUGUUACAAUCCCCUCGUACAUGCAAUUCCUUAUUCAUUCCUUUGCUGGGUGGGCUAUUUUGUUUGCUGAUGAUUGAUCUGGUUAAUUUGAAUAUUCCAGUUGUUGUUGCGUGCCAACGACGAGUACGAAAUAAACACUCGUGUUUUUCAUUUUUACACAAUAAGAUUUUUUUCCAAUUUUCCUUCAGCUUAGUUCGCAGAAAUAUCGUGCCAGGAAACCUUGAAGUACAGCUAAGACAGCGCAGCUCCAGGAUUAAACUAGUGCGGAUUACAGCCACGUCCGUCGCUGCGGUCAUGUUGAGUUGGGCACCAUAUAGCUUUGUGAGCCUCGCAGCGACGUUUACCGGAAAACAGGUGAUAGAAUUGUGGGAAGCUGAAAUUCCUGAGUUAUUGGCCAAAGCCUCCGUGGUUUACAAUCCAGUUAUUUACGUCAUCAUGAACAGCCAAUUCCGUGCAUCUCUAUUCCGUAUUCUACGAUUGCGCAGGCGCGAUACAGUUCCCUUGAUAGUCACAACAUACCGGUAUAGCGUAAGGCCUAGCGCAGACCGUCGCCAUAACAACAUGGAACAAUCUAGAGGAAUCAGUCUUCUUAAAAUACCCUCCACUGCAGAAAGUCAAAUUUUGCGUCAAGUAACUUUUAAAAACAUGUAA